AUGCAAUUUUGUCGCCGUGGAAUUGUGAAGCUUUUGACUCGGCACACCACAGCUCAGAAUCCCACUUCGUUCUCUCGCAAGGUGAUGACGCUCACCAGCACUCAGCAGGCAAUGAUCGAUCUAGAGGAGAAGCAUGGAGCCCACAAUUAUCAUCCGCUGCCAGUGGUGCUUUGCAAAGGCAGAGGCACCAAAGUGUGGGACAUCGAUGGCAAAUCGUACUACGACUUUCUCUCUGCUUACAGUGCUGUGAAUCAAGGGCACUGUCAUUCCAAAAUUCUGGUUGCUCUCAUCGAACAAGCACAGAAAUUGACAUUGACAUCCCGCGCAUUCCACAAUGAUGCUUUGGGAGAGUACUGCAAGUUUGUGACCGGAUACUUUGGCUUUGACAGGUUGCUACCAAUGAACACGGGUGUUGAAGCUGGCGAGACCGCCAUCAAACUUGCACGUCGAUGGGGCUAUGACGUCAAGAAAAUCCCUGAAGGAAAAGCUCGUGUCAUUUUUGCCAGCGGCAACUUCUGGGGUAGAACAAUUGCUGCAAUCAGCACAUCAGAAGACCCGAGCUCAACGACUGGCUUUGGACCUUUUGUUCCUGGCUUUAGCAAUGUUCCUUACGAUGACGCUGAUGCACUACAAGCUGAGCUGGAAGGACCACAGGGUGCAGAGGUGUGCGCAUUCAUGGUAGAACCUAUCCAGGGUGAAGCAGGGGUAGUGGUCCCAAAGGAUGGCUACCUGACACGUGUUCGUGAGUUGUGUGACAAGCACAAAGUUCUGUUUAUAGCUGAUGAAGUGCAGACAGGGCUUGGCAGAACUGGCACCCUUUUGGCCUGUGACCAUGAUGGAGUUCGACCUGACAUUUUGGUGUUGGGAAAAGCUCUCUCAGGAGGAGUUCUGCCCGUGUCAGCUGUACUGACUUCUGAUGAGGUGAUGCUAACGAUUCGCCCAGGAGAGCAUGGCAGCACGUACGGUGGAAAUCCUUUGGCUUGUCAAGUGGCCACUGCUGCUUUGGAAGUUCUUCGUGACGAGAAUCUGACUGAGAACUCCAAGGCCAGGGGUGAGCAGCUACGGGCAGGUUUGCAGGAGCUUUCAGAAAAGCCUGGCUCACCCAUCUCACUUGUCCGAGGCCGGGGCUUGCUGAAUGCCAUUGUCAUUGGGGACGACAAGGGCAGCUAUGGCGAUGAGGGCCGAGCAUGGGAGCUGUGUGAGAAGAUGGCUGGCCAUGGGUUGCUAGCCAAGCCAACUCACGGUACCAUCAUCCGCCUGGCCCCACCACUGUGCAUUACUGAAGCUGAAAUCGACGAGUGCAUUGACAUCAUUCGCCGAAGCUUGGCCCAGCUUCCUUUUGAUGAAGUUGGCAGCGUGCCACCAGAUGCUGCCAUUGCCAUACGGCAGUCCGAGUUCUUGGAUGUUUAUGCCGCCAACAUUGGGCGAAGUACUGGAUGUCCGAUGCUUCGGCCAGGAAAGGGGCAGAAGGUUUUACCAUCAAUUCCUCGAGGAGCACGUGGGAAACCAUUUAUGACGACUGAAGCUUUGGGCUUUGAGCUCUCAGGAUAUGAAAUCAGCGAACAUGAUUUUCCCAGCUGGCCACCAGAAACAUCAAGCAACGAAGAGAAGGAAUGGUAUGCUAUGGCCAGGGCAUUGAGACAUGAAGCACCUCCACUCCCAAAGCUUGCAAUCAAGCAGGAGCCUGUAGUCGACAACUUUCCUGCAAUCCCGCCGCCCAGCAGGGGUAUUCUGAAUCGGCGAAGCCGAUGA